AUGAAGUUGAUUGUCUCUUUAGCCGUCACUCUGACAAUCAUGGCUGCUGCCGCCACCGCAGUGACAGUCGCCCAGGCUGCCCCUGCAGUGGCCAGAGCUGCUGCUGCCGACAAGGAAGCCGUCGCACAGGCAGAUAUCUUUGAAUCUAACCAAUCCCCUCCCAUCUGGAACAACGCCUGGCCAGGCAGCGUCGACCACCGGAUCCCCAACGACGACGACCUGCCAAUCAACUUCCGUCGCGGCGGCGCUCGUGGAGGAUGGGGUCAUGGCCAUGACCGUGACCCUAUCGGGACUAUCCACAGGGGCUUUAACAAGAAGCGUGCGGCCAUCUAUGAAGACAAUGCGCAUUUCUCAUUGAACAAUGGCGAGAAUGCGCAGGUCGAGACUGAGGUUGAGGCUGAGGCUGAGCCUGGGUCUGAGCUUGAGGAUGGGGCGUUCUUUAAUGUUUAUAAGAAGGUUAAGAGAGGAGAUGAUGAUGCUGAUGAGGAGGAUGGUGAGGAGGCGGAAGGUGACGAGCAGGAGGAGGAGGAGGAAGAGGAAGAGGAAGAGGAAGAGGAAGAAGAGGAGGAGGAGGAGGAGGAAGAGACGGAGCUUGACUUUCAAGGAUUCCAGGAAGGUGAUUUCUCGUUCAACGAGUUUGAGGAGGAUAACCUGACCGUGGAGGAGGAUGGUGAUGACGAGGAAGGCGAGGAAGCUGAGGAGGUCGAUGAGGAGGAGGAGGCCCGUUUGGAUAGCGAGGCUGGACUCCAGGACUGGAUCGAGGAGAUGAAGUCGGAGGAGUACUUUAACUUGGCUGGUCACCCUACUGGAGAGGCUGAGGAGGAGGAAAGUGAGGAAGGAGAGUAUGGACAGUAUGAUGAAGAAGGUGAGGGCGAGGAUGAGGAGGAGGGAGAGUCUGUGUUCAAUGAGGAUGAGCCUUCUCCCUCGGAGGAAGAGCUCUUUGCUGCCUCCUGGGGUCACUAA